CGCUGUGGUUGCGGUCAGCUCCUCUACGCGCUUUCGCCCUGCUCCGCCGUCUGGAUUACACCUGCCGCUGACGACCUGUAGAUUCGUAGAAGUGUUAUCGAGGGAGUGAAAAAGUCCUACGAGUGCUGGAAUUCUCCCUUCGGGCUUGAAACGGCGUUGUGUGGCAUGACGAUCGUGCAUUUCGUCCUCCGUUGCUGCGCAGAAGAGUUCCGUCCUCACUGUUGACAUUUCUCCAUUGGCACAUCAGCAUAGCGGAGGAGAGGAGAGAUUGAUGCAUGAUACAUGUGUUGCCCUCAGAUACGAAAUAUCUCAGCGCACUGAGGAUGUCUCUGGGAGCUGCCACCGCCGAGGACGUUGCGUUUGUGCGCAAACAGCUGGGGACGACAGAGCAGAACAUACAGCAGGCUGUCUCGUCUCUACGGAACUGGCUCAACCUGCAACCACACUUGCCGAAGAAUAUAGAUGAUCGGCGUCUGGAGAGAAUGUUCAUCAACUGCAAAUGCAGCAUGGAACGUGUGAAAACAUCGUUGGACGCCUACUUUUCCUUAAAGAAGAAAUUUCCAGAGCUUCUGAUGAACCGAGAUCCCGAGGACGCUGACAUAAAAAAAGCCAAAGAUUUCAUCAAGACGUUCUCGACGUCACCGCUGACUACUGACGGCCUGCGAGUGACGUGCACGUUGGACGUGGCGGCCGACCCCCAGUGCUACGACCCGCUGCUCUGCUACAAGCUCAUCCUCAUGUGGACCGAGGUCCUGCUCGCCGAGGACUACUCGCUCGGCGACAUCAUCAUACUCGACCUCAAGGACUUCACCGCCUCGCACGUGCUCAAGACCAGCGUGAGCCUCGUCCGCAGCGUCGAAAUUAUAUUCAAGGAAGCCUACUGCCGGAGAAUAAAAGCUGUGCAUCUUGUGAACUCACCGAAGGUGUUAGACGCAAUUCUCAACAUAGCUAAGGCCGCUCUCUCGGAUAAGUUGAAACAGAGGGUGAUUACUCAUCUACCAGGCACGGAAACACUUUUCGACUAUGUUCCACGGGAGCUUGUACCAGAUGAACUUGGAGGAUCCGCUGGAACUGCUGAAAAGCUUUAUGAUGCCGCCUGGAAGAAACUGUCGUCAUACCGAGCGUUCUUCCUGGAGCAGGACAAUUACGUCACGGACGAGAGCCGCCGGCCGCCGGGCAGCAGGAACAUGAGCGACCUCUACGGCGUCGAGGGAUCCUUCCGGAAGCUCGCCAUCGACUAACCUAACGGGUCCGUCCACCGCCUCGAGGCCAGGCUGCGCUGCGUCAGCCGCUGAGCGCCGGACUACAACGGGGUCACGGUCGCCGGCAGUGCCUACCUACCUGCCAGCCAGCCGUACACAAUUAUUCUGCCAAGUGUUGCUUCCCGUAUAUUUUGUGAACGGUUCAAGAUAUCGAAACGAUGUUUCGUCAAGUAGCAGGCGAGACAGGCAUGUUGUUUUAUCGAUCGAGGUACUGAGACAAGAACGACAGGCUUUUUCGACGGCAAUCGAGAGCUUUUGAAAAGACAGCUAUGGUAAUGCAGUGCAUUUAAGCCUUCUAUAAACAUUUAUCCAUAAAUGAAAAUACUGAUUUUCCUACUUUUUCUUCGAGGAAAGCUUCCUUCUAGGGUAAAGUGUAAUUUAGAUACCGUGUUCAACUGCUGAGCAAUACCGACUAUUGGUUGGUAUUGUGUUGCGCAUAUCGACAGUGUGGCAAAACAAAACUUACUGAAAUACUGAAUUUUAAAUAUGGAAAACUAAUCUAGCUAAAGGCCUAGUGGUGUACUCAGUGACAACUGUUAAGCUGAAACUCAACACUGAAGUACAGUAUGAAAAUUGUUGAUAGGAAGUGCAAUUUCAGAAUUGAAUGACCACAAAAAUAAAAUGCUGCCCUGCUCAGAAGAAAAAUAAUUGUUUGAGAUUUCCUACACUGAUCGCUGUAAAUUAAUCUGACUGCUUAGCACACCACAUGAUAAUUCUGAGUGUGAAGUCUAUCCUCCUAAGUGCCAAAAUUUUGAUUUGCCCUGAACUAAAAGUAACUUGCUUUAUGCUCAGCAUGUUGUCUUGUGACCGAUGUCUUGACGCUCUUGAAAGCAGAUUCAAAUCAUUAAACUCAGCAGCUAAAGAAAAAAUAAACUGUUCAGUACAACAUUUGUGUAUGCUCGUGAGAGACAAUCUCUGCGUGUGGCAUAAGGUAUAGUGCACACACGGCAAAAUAUUCAAAACAUUACUAGGAAUGAUGGAGGAGGGCCAACUUAUGGCAUUACGACAGACACCGACGACAGCGCCCUCUAGCAGGCGCUGUUGAGGUCUACGAGCGCCGCUGCAGAUUCAGCCCAUUCCACCAAGUGCAGACAACCAGGAAACAUCACUUCAGCUUAGUUUGCUAUUGGGACUUUGCAUCAGUUACGAUGGGUCUACGACGUCGCACCUACGUGCUCAUCAUCUUAAGUUAUGUAAUAUGUUUGCAUAUGCUUAUACACUAGU